ACUAUUUUAGAACACUAGGAAUAUUUCAUUCUGAAUUAAAACAUAAGAAACUUCAGAGUUAUAGAAUCAAUCAAUGGAAAAACUGGUUAAGACAGCAUUAUCAAUACGAUUUAUCUCAGAUUAGAUGGUCUAGAUUAAUGCCACAAAAAUGGCGAAAUAGGGUUAAUCAAAGUUGUAUGGCUCAAAAUCAAAAUCGAAAUUUAAACAAAUGGAAUUCAUAUGAAAACGACCAAUUAAUUCAUUACAAAAAAGAAAAUGAUUCUGAACUCUAUUCAUUAUCAAACCAAAAAGAUAAGUUUCCAAAAUGUUAUAGAUAUGAUCUUUUAUCAUAUAAAUCGAUUAAUUAUGAAAAUAAAAGUGAGUCAUUUAUUUCUAGAUUACCCUUUCAAGUAAAUAAGAACCUCGAAAUUUCUUAUAAUUCAAACACGUCCAAACACAACUUUUUUGAUAUGUCCGGCAAUCUUGAUAUCAAUAAUUAUCUAAGAAAAGGCAAUAUUCUAUAUAUAGAAAGAAAUCUCGAUAGAAAAUAUUUUGAUUGGAAAAUUAUCCAUUUUUCUCUUAGACAAAAAGAAGAUAUUGAGGCCUGGGUUAAGAUCGAUACCAACAGUAAUCCAAAUACUAAAAUUGGUAUUAAUAAUUAUCAAAUAAUUGAGAAAAUCGAUAAAAAAGGCCUUUUUUAUCUUACAACUCAUCAAAAUUCAGAAAACACUCAAAAAAAUUCGAAAAAAGUCUUUUUUGAUUGGAUGGGAAUGAAUGAAAAAAUAUUUAACCGUCGCAUAUUCAAUCUGGAAUUUUGGUUCUUCCCAGAAUUUAUACUACUUUAUAAUGUAUAUAAAAUAAAACCGUGGAUUAUACCAAGCAAAUUACUUCUUUUAAAUUUGAAUACAAACGAAAAUCUUAGUCAAAAUAAAAACAUCAAUAAAAACCAAAAAUCAAAUAAAAAAAUAAAGAAUCGAAUUCAAGAAGCAAAAGAACCCGCAAGUCAAGGAGAAAGAGAGCGUGGAUCAGAUAUAGAAAACAAAGUAAAUCUGCGCCCUAUUCUCUCAAAACAUAAAAAGGAUCUUGAAAAAGAUUACGCGGAAUCAGACACAAAGAAGGGUAAAAAGAAAAAACAAUACAAAAGCAACACGGAAGCAGAACUAGAUUUAUUCUUGAAACGUUAUUUGCUUUUUCAAUUGAGAUGGAACGAUGCUUUGAAUCAAAGAAUGCUCGAUAAUAUCAAGGUAUAUUGUCUCCUGCUUCGACUGAUAAAUCCAAACCAAAUUACUGUAUCGUCAAUUCAAAGGGGAGAAAUGAGUUUGGAUAUAAUGCUGAUUCAGGCGAAUUUAACUCUUACAGAAUUGAUGAAGAAGGGGAUAUUGAUUAUCGAACCUAUUCGGUUGUCUGUAAAAAAUAAUGGACAAUUUAUUAUGUAUCAAACCAUAGGUAUUUCAUUGGUUCAUAAAAGUAAACACCAAAUUAAUCAAAGAUACCGAGAACAAAGAUAUGUUGAUAAAAAGAAUUUUGAUGAAUUCAUUCUGCAACCUCAAACUCAAAGAAUAAAUACAGACAAAAAUCAUUUUGAUUUGCUUGUUCCUGAAAAUAUUUUAUGGUCUAGACGUCGUAGAGAAUUGAGAAUUCGAAGUUUUUUUAAUUCUUUGAAUUGGAAUGGCGUCGAUAGAAAUUCAGUAUUUUGCAACGAAACCAAUGUAAAAAACUGGAGUCAAUUUUUGGAUGAAAGGAAACCUCUUUAUAAAGAGAAAAAAGAAUUAAUUAAAUUGAAGUUCUUUCUUUGGCCUAAUUAUCGAUUAGAAGAUUUAGCUUGUAUGAAUCGUUAUUGGUUUGAUACCAAUAAUGGUAGCCGUUUCAGUAUCUUAAGGAUACAUAUGUAUCCACGAUUGAAAAUUAAUUGAUAGUACUAUAUACCCUGUCUCGUAUAGAGUAUCUGAAAGCAAACAAAUGCACACAUGCCUUGUCUUACAUCUCAUUCGAAUCUAAUUCGAGUAGACGAUACUAAAUCAAUAAGGUAUCGAUUAGAUCUAGAAAUGAAUCAACAGAAUCUUCUUCAUUUUAGGAUUUUAGGUUUAAAUUAUUCGCUUUUGUGAAUGACAAAAAUCUACCUACCACCUUUUUGGAUUCCUAUCUGAAUCAAAUUUGGAAUUUGAUUAAUUUAUUGGAAUUGAUAAAAUUAGGAGUUCAUAAAGAAAUUAAGUCUAUAUACCACGUUCAAAU